UGUGUAAACAUUCGAUGACCAAGUAAUCACUAUUACCUUAAACAAAUCUGCUAACCAAUGUUAAUCACAACCAACCAGAAAAAACAAACAUUAAUAAUGUGAAAUAAAUUUAGAAUUAAAGAAUUUGUUUAGAAAUAAUAAUAUACGAUAUUAAUUUUACAACAUCAUCAUUAGGUAGUUAAAAUGAACGACUCAGAUGAUCUGUCGUGCAUAUCGCAGUGGUUUGAAUGUGCGUCCAACACUGCUACGGACACUUGGCAGGCCGUGAAUUUUUGUUCAAUAUUAGACAAAGACAAGCUGCACAACAUCCAAACAAACUUUCGUUACUUGGAAACGAACGUCAAGUUACAGAUUCUAGUGAGCUUCUUUUAUUUAGAGCCAAUUGAAGUUGACGUUUUGAAAUGCCACUUGAACAAAGUCGUCGACGUAGCUGUUGAUGAUAUAGAAGGUUGGGUGUCCUCACUUGGUAAGUUGGUGGGGUUGUUUUUAGCCACCGGAAGUCUGAGUUUCGAAAACUUAGAUUACUAUCCACCGGCAGUAGUUGAAUUGGUUAAUGAAUUAAGACCGUUGUUGAACAAUCAUGUCGAAACUUAUCCGUCUAUUGAUAUGUUCUAUAUGAACCAAAGUAGCAUGAGCACGACAAAGAUGAAUUCGAAACGGGCGCAAACUCAUUUCCAAAUAAAAAAGAAGACCAAGGCCCAAAUUUUGAAAGAGAGAUUGGCCGAACAUAGCUUGCAACCCACAAGGCCAAGUUCAAUGAUUGACAGGAGAACUGACAGGUUGUCAAAUUCCAAUAGCAAGAUUAAUAAGCAUAACGAGGCUAUUAAACAGUCGGUUAGAUCAGAUAAUAUGCGGAAGAAUUCCACCUCAAAGUCGAACGAAAAGAAAUCUGAUCCUGAUAGACCACCUUUGCCAAAGUUGUCGAUUGGAGAACUUAUGAGACAAAAAGGUGUUACUUGCUCAGAUUUAUUUAAGGAAAAGGACAAAAAUGGAAUUCCACAUUCCUGCAAAAGCAAUACGUCAAAGACUUCGUCUCCUCCGGAUAAAAUUACAAGUGUACGUGAUACCAUGUCACUUCCAAGUAAUCUUAAGGGAUCAUCAGUUGCAUAUUCACCCGAUAGUGAUGUAACCGUUGAGAAGAAAUCCCAAUAUUUUUUGCCGAAGAAGACACCGAAGAGACCAAAAGUUACACCACUAGGUAGAUUAAGAAAGAGAUUCGGUUACGUUGCAGAAAUAAAUAGAAGCAUGCGCCUGCGUGAUGCAGAAUGGAAAUCUCCACCAGCAGCUAGCUUACCCACUCCCCCCUUAACUGAAGCUAUGCAUGUCGAAGAGGUAUCACAACCGUUAUCUUUAUCUAAUAUACUGGAAGAAGAUUUAGAGCUAUCUUCAAGUAGUAAUGAUGACAGUUUCCAAGAAUCAACAGAGCCACAUAGUGCUAAUAAAUCAAGUUCAGCAGUGCCCCAAAGAUCAAUUCUUGAAGAUGAUCUGUUUAUCUCCGAUGACGAAGAAGACACACCAGUGAAUUCUAAACAGCUUCACAAAUCUCCUUCUCCUCAGAAAAAGAAAACAGUACAUGGCUCCAAUUCAAAAUCCAAUAAAAGUCCAACAAAACUAACGAAGAAGCAAGAUUCCAAAUGUAACGACUAUCCAAAAUUUUUGUCAAUGCCCCAAUUAUUCGAAAAUGACGACGUACCUAUUGAAAACAGUGUAACAACUUCAGCGAUGCCCCAAAGAUCAAUUCUCGAGGAAGACUUGUAUAUUUCUGACGAGGAUGAAGACACAACUAAUGACUCUACGGAUUCCGUUGCAAAAAUAAACGGUGUGACUAAAACACCAAGCAAAUCAGUUACACCUGUGAAAUCCCCGGCUGAUAAAAGUAAGAAAAAUGAGCGAACUAAUGCUCCCUACGAUGUUAAGACAAAAAUAAACGAUGUGAGCAAGUCAAAAAUCACUGAUACACAUGCGAGAUCCCCGGCUGAUAAAAGUAAGAAAAUAGAGAAUGCUUCCUGCGACGUUAAGACUGGAGUUAAAAGAAAAUUGGAUCAACAAAAACAUGAUAUUUUGAUGGACAGAAGAAGAAAAGUAGCUAAAGUUAAGAUGUUAGCUGCAGAAUUAAGAAGACUCACAAGUCUUGCUGAAAGUUUUAAGAAAAAUGAUUUGGCUUUAUCAGGUACUGGUGACGAAUCUAAUAAACAAACAGGAGGCGUUAAUAUGGAAUCCCCUGUAAAAAAUUUGAUGUCAUCUUCAAAAGUAGAAAAUUCUGUAGUCAAGGGAGAAAAUAUGGAAUGUUCUUCUGGCAAACCUUCCAAUGAUAAAGAAAAUUCACCUAUGCCGCCGUCAAAGAAGAAAGCAAUAAUAUUGCAAAAUAUUGUGAUUAAGCCUAAAAGAGUAUCAGACGGGCGUGUACUAAGAGAAUUUAAUGUCGCAGGUGGUCUGACCCAGGAGAAACGUAAGGUAGCCCAAGAGAUAUUUGAAGUACAAGACAAUUUAACACUAGCCGACAAAGUUUUAAUAAUUAAUUUUUUGUCUGGCUCCACCACACAUCCAAGUCCACACUUAGGUGCCAACAUUUCCUUAAAAUUAUCUGACCGAAAUUUAUUUCAGUCAGACGCUAAUCGCAGUGAAAUUCACUUAAACAUGUAUCCCGAUUCUGGACGAUGGGCAAUAACAGACACGACAGUGGCUCAGAAACCAGCUGAGAAAUCGUCAAAAUAGAUUUAUUUGCGGUCAUUAUAUCCAUUCUUGUAACUCGUACUAUGUCCCGUGAUAUUUAGAUUAGUUGUAGUUUUAAUUUAUGCUAUGAUGUGUUUUGUAUAAAGGUCGUUGUUAUUA